GGCGCCCUCGGGCCGUCGCCGCCGCCGCUAACGGAGCGAGGUCGGCGCGGAGCGGGAGCGGCGCGGAGCGGGGCGGCGGCGGCGGGAGGAGAGCGGCGCGGAGUUGUGCCCCGGGCCGGGGGGAGCGAAGGCGCCGGCUGCGGGCCCACCAACCGGGCAGGGGAGGGCAGGGGGCAGGAGAGUCAAACUAAACGCCCAACAGCCUCCCUCAUCCGCGGCCGCCCGCUUUCUUUCUCUUUCUCUUUCUUUAUCUUUCUUUCUUUUUUUUUUUUCUUUAAAAUUAUUCCGAAAGAGAAACAUCACUGUGUUUUUGGCACACUGCUCCGCGUGUGGAGUUGUUUUCCGCGCACCGCUGACAAACAAAGGAAAAGGGGGAGGGGGACCGCGCUUCGCAGAAGACAUGCGUUCCGUCAGGAAGAGGUGGACUGUGUGCACCAUAAGUCUCCUCCUCAUCUUCUACAAGACUAAGGAGAUCGCGCGCACUGAGGAGCGCCAGGAGGCUCCGCUCGCCGGAGAUGGUGAGCUGAGUUUGAGUCGAUCAAUGAUCAAUAGCUCUGAUAAAAUAAUCCGAAAGGGCGGCUCCGCUAUCUUCCAGCAUUCUGUAGAAGGUUGGAAAAUCAAUUCUACUUUGGUACUGGAGAUAAGAAAGAGUAUUCUUCGAUUCUUGGAUGCGGAAAGAGAUGUCUCAGUGGUCAAGAGCAGCUUUAAGCCAGGAGAUGUAAUCCAUUAUGUACUAGACAGACGUCGCACCCUAAAUAUUUCUCAGGAUUUGCACAGCCUUCUCCCUGAGGUUUCCCCAAUGAAGAAUCGCCGAUUUAAAACCUGUGCUGUAGUUGGAAAUUCUGGCAUCCUUCUGGACAGCGGGUGUGGAAAAGAGAUUGAUACCCAUGAUUUUGUUAUAAGGUGCAAUCUAGCUCCCGUGGUGGAGUUUGCUGCAGAUGUGGGAAAUAAAUCUGAUUUUAUUACCAUGAACCCAUCAGUUGUACAAAGAGCAUUUGGAGGCUUUCGGAAUGAGAGUGACAGAGAAAAAUUUGUGCAUAGACUAUCCAUGCUGAAUGACAGUGUCCUUUGGAUCCCUGCUUUCAUGGUCAAAGGCGGAGAGAAGCAUGUGGAGUGGGUUAAUGCAUUAAUCCUUAAGAAUAAAUUGAAAGUGCGAACCGCCUAUCCAUCACUGAGACUUAUUCAUGCUGUCAGAGGCUACUGGCUCACAAACAAGGUCCACAUCAAACGACCCAGCACUGGUCUCCUCAUGUACACGCUUGCCACCAGAUUCUGUGAUGAAAUUCACCUGUAUGGAUUUUGGCCAUUCCCAAAGGAUUUACACGGAAAACCAGUCAAAUAUCAUUAUUACGAUGAUCUGAAGUAUCGGUACUUUUCUAAUGCCAGCCCUCACAGGAUGCCAUUAGAGUUUAAAACAUUAUAUGUAUUACAUAACAGAGGAGCACUUAAGUUAACAACAGGGAAAUGUGUACAGCAAUAAAGCACAUGUAAAGUACAGUAAGAAGCUCUUCAUCAUAAAGAUGCUGUGGAAUGGCAGUGGGAUCCCAGUGAGGAUAUGUUUCAAUACCCUUUCAGCCAUUGGAAAAAGGAAUUUUGUCAGAAGUACAUAACCAGCUAUUAUACCUGCAAAGUGCUAUAAAACUAAGCUAUCUUGACUGCAAGGGUUCAAGUAAGUGCCACUUUCACUAAGAACAAAGUUUGAAUGUAUACUCAGUAGUGUUUACAGUAUCCAAUGAUACAUUCAUCAUGAAUUAAAGAAAAAUAUAGCCUGCUUACUGCUGACUUACCACUGUGGUCAGAGAGAAGACAUCACCUGGGGACAAUAUAUUUUCUUCUGCAAAGAAACUAGGCUUUGGCAGAAAAAAAUAAAAACAAAAAUCAUGAUGGAAUUGAGUAGAGAAAGUGAAAUCCAUAAGGUCAAACAAGUAAAUGCAUUCAGUCAGGGGACUGUUUCUGAUCUGAUCUUGUAUUAUAACCUGAGCUUUUGUUGCUGUUUUUCUUAUGGCUGUUGGUUGAGUUUUGUUGCUUUUGAGUAUUUGAAUCCUUAAAGGAUUUUGAGGAUGUAAUGAGUAAUUAUCAGUAAAUAUUUUAUGGAAUUGUCUUAGGGAAAAAAAACCUACAAAAAAUAAACACAAAAAAACAUAAGGGUAGGAGGGUGGAGGGUAACAUAAAAUACUUUGUCAGUUGUUAUUGUGUUGUAACCUACUGUCACACAACUCUUAACCUCCCAAUUCUUUUUCUAGCUACAGCUGUCGAUAUGUGGAAGCACUCAGAGAUAGGUCAUUUUGAGCCAUUCUUUUUAAGAGUGUUUCUGUUGUGUUCAGAUUUGAAGACAUUUACAAAAAGGUGCCCUUAUUUUUGGUACCAAAGAUUACUCUUACAGUGUAUACACCUUUUUCCUUGAAGAAAUAGAGUAGAUUUAGUAUGAUGUUUCUUUGCUGCUGAGGGGAACAUGUUUAAGUUUUUUAACUGAACAUCUCAAAAGUGAAGACUCUUUGCUUUGCCUACAUAAUUUCAUUCUUUAGAAAAAUCUGCAAGAGAAAAGAAAUUAUUUCAUACAUUCCAAUAUAUAUGUGAUUUUUAUUCCUAAUUGAAUGGAAAACACAAAGUCUAAAGAAACUCAGGUGACAUAGUGGAAUAUGAUUAAAGAUGAAGACGUCCAAUUAAAUGGAAAAUAAAUGAACUGUAGAUCAAAGCUUACAUUUCUAAUGGUGUUGGAUGAUAACUCUGUCUAAUAUACCUCUUUUCUAUCAGCUUGAUGUUCUGAUGUGCAACUCUCUGAAACAGCAAAGAGCUGCAUUAUUUUACACUGAUUUUUCUGAGCAUCAACUUUGUUUAGCCAUGAAACUGAGAAUUCUUUCCCUCUCUUCUUUCAGAAAUGAAGAAGAUAUAGGAGGGCAAAGGAGGGUCAGUUCAACGUAUAGUGAUAUACAGUACAUGUGUGCAUACAGCAUGUUUUAGCUCUUCAGGUGCAGGUGAAGUAAAAACACUGUGGUUCCAUCCUUUUCAUGUAAGGCGAGACUAAGGAGAUGGCAUGCAGAUACCAGUAUUUUCUUGUUAUGUUUUCAGCUCUAGGUUAGAUUUUCGUCUCCACUGAUGUUUAGUAUAUCUGUCGUAGUUUGAGCAAUUAAUAUGUAACACGGCACUAACAAAUAUUACUAGUUAAAAACACCACUUGUUAACUACUUUUCCUUUUAUGUUCACAUGUAUUUCAUCUCACAUGGCUAGAGGUCUCUGAUUAUGCAAGUUUAGUAGGUUAAAUCUGUGGCUUGCAGACAGUUUUGCCAAAAGUUGAUGAGAAACAGAAAUUAUUAUACCUUAUCUAGGACACAGUAGCAUCUUUACUUAUUGACCAGGACAAUUUACUUCAGCUAUAUACAAAGGUGUGGGAUAAGGUCUUAACAUGAACACCACUGAAACGAAAGCAUUGCUGGGAACUAAAUAGCGCUGCAGGGUGGAAUGUUUAAUUUGUCAUUGAUCAGUCAGAGAGUGUUCUACGUACACCGUGAAAACUUGUAGUUUAGGACAAGAUAUUUCCUUGAUAGAAGGUGGGCAUAUCCCUAUUAUUUCCUAACUGCUAGUGUCAAAUUUUUAAAAUGCUUUUCAUACACACUGAUUGACUUUCCCUUGGUGAAUUCACAGAUGCCAGUCUCACAGGAGCUCAGAAGAGCACCUCAGUGAGUUUUAUCUGUUCCUCUGGGAAUGUUUUUUCUUCAAAGUGGUGUCAGGCUGUCAACAAAAAGAGAAUUCAUGUAAACUAAAAUACAAACUGUGCUGCAAGCUGUCCAUUUUGAGGUAGUUUGUGACAGUGGGUUACCAGUUGCUCUAUGUUGACGUGAGUUGCGAUGUGCUCUGGAGUUUUCCUGGUAGGUUUAAGGGCCUUGGUUGUUAGCCCUGUUACUGCUAGGGAGCCAUAGCAGCAGACUCACUGCAAACAUCCUUACUUACCUUUCCUUUAGACCUGCCUCUGUAUUGCUGUGGGAUCUUUGUAUAUGUCUCUCCAGGCAUCCCAGGACCCAGGUCCCCUGUAUGGCCUUUUCCCUGCAAUUGACCUAGUGAAGAAAUGAAAGUACCCCAAAGGCUUAGCAGCUGUAUAGGGACUUUACAGUGGAAUAUAUUUCACCUAGUGGUCCUUCUCAGUGCAGCAGUGAACAGCUCAAACCUCCACAGCUGCCUGGGAUCAUUUCUAUUUUUUAUAAAUAUUCAUACCUCCUGUGUUGCCUAUCAGAUAGCAAGCUUUAUUAAAAUUACUACUUUUAUCAUCCAACACUAUCCACAACUAAUAUGAAGUAGAUAGGAUAAGAAGAAAGAUCCCUAAUAUUGUGAUGAGAUGUGCCCCAUUGAGGAUCAUCUGUGGAAUACCCACUGACUGAGUGUUCCUCAAAUUUAUCCCCCCAUAGGCCAUGGUAAUAGCCAGCCAUAUUUUAUAAAUAUAUAUUAAAAAUAAGAACCAGGAACUACAUCAGGACAGCCAUGAAUAUUUUUCCAAAUCUCAUUGCAGCUCUACAUUAAAGAACUCAAUUUCAUUCAUGUAAAUUUAUUAUAAAUUGUUCAACAUCAUGUAUAUUAAUGUUUCUGUGGCAGAGAGUCUUUCUCUUAUAUUUCAUAAAGAUAAUAGAUAAAUGCCUUUGAUGGUCAAGUUUUCAGCUUUGGGAAAAUUCUUUCUCCCACAGCUCUGAGCCACUCUCCACUGAACCUUUCAGAGUUUGGCUAGUUUACACAAUCUGAUGUCUAGUGAAAACUGUAUUGUUAUUUUGUUAAACAAUAAAAUCAGUACAUGCCUGUGGUCAGCACCUUUUUUUUUUUUUCCCCCCCUUUUUUUUUUUCCUUUUUUUUUCAGUUGAUUGCAAUUUGAAGAAAAAUAGGUGUGGGUUCAGAACAUUUUAUCAGUGUUUGAUCUAGAAAAGUGCUGAGCACUCCUUACAGUGACUUUCCUGGAGAGAUGUGUCCAGGAUUUAGAUGGGGAUCUAGAUUAGCAUAUUUCAGGAUAUUAAUCUGAAAUUGCACGUUAUUUAUUUUUAAGAGCACUGUUACUUUGUGUUGGGAAAAGCACAAUUGUUCUAAAUGUAGAUAGAAUAAAGGAAGAGCGUUUACAGAGAGCAUCAUUCCUGCACAGUACUACUGCUACUGAGCAUAUGUAACACAAUUUCUGUGGUUUAAAGUAUUGAUAUGUAUUCUGUCAGAAUUGUCAUGUUUGACACUUUAAUAUUAUUCCAAGUACGGCUAUUGGGGAUUGUUUUCUUAUUUGUACAAAUGUAAAAUAAAGAAUUUUUUUUUCCAUUUUUCUGCUA